CGAAUAGAUCUAUAAAAACGGCCAGUUAAUGCGUCUUCUUCGUAGAUGCAGGUGACGAAGCGAGUUUUGUGGUAGGUGCAAGCUUGCAGCAAACAAGAGAGCGUGAGGGCUUUUUUGGUUGGUUGGUUGGGUGGGGAACUAAAUAUGACAAGAUAUUUUGGCCGUGGAGCGAUAAGGAGAGACUAUAGAUAAAGCACAAAGAGUUGGAGAAACUCAGCAGGUCCGGCAGCAUCUGGGGAAAAUGAGAACGGAAAUUUCACUCGCUAAUAUCCAUCGUUAAAUUAGACACAAGCAGGUGGAAUGUGCAAUGUCCAAAUGAAUGUGUAGAAUGAAAUAAAGCGGAAUGGGAAUUUAUUAAUUUAACGCACGUUUUCCACACUUUAUCAGGCGAAAGUAAUUUAUCUAUUGGGGGUGUCCAGUUCAGCUUGUUAACUGCAGAAAUCACCAGGAGCGUGGAAAUUCUCUUUUCACCUGCCCUCGUUAGCAAGGGGCGGGAAUAUUAAUGAGAGUUUUUCCUUAAAAAGGAGGCUUUCCUUUCAGUUUUUUUUCCUUCUCCCCUCCCAGAUCAAGCUGUCGCCACGUAUCCAGAUGACAGCCGGCGAUGGCCGACGGGUGCAGUUUAGAAGUUUACAACCACAGUAAUCCGCGCCCCGACAAGCGCCAAGAGCCGAGCUGCUCGCUAGAUAAGCCUCUGAGAAACGCGGUCACCCCGAGCGCUCAGUACGGCAUCAAUGUUUUUGCCCUGGGCUUGGUCCUAACGGUGGCAGAGGCGUCGCAGAAAGCCGAGGUGACACAGGAGCAUACACUAGCUUAUCUCAGUACGCUCAUGGCCAUACAGCUGGCCUGGAUGUUCUGGUACUUCUUCAGGAGGCGCGAAACAAAAGGACUAGCCGUGGAUAAGGAUCACCAUGCUGGGCCCGGGUGGCUGAGAGGUGGUUUAACCUUAUUUGCCAUCCUGAGUUUAGUUCUGGAUAUGUUGAAAAUUGGAUAUUACGUUGGAUUUUCAAAUUGUCUCACAGACGCCAACGGCGCCUUUCCAGUGGUUCACGCGGUCCACACUCUCUCCCAGGUAUAUUUUCUUUGGUCUCAUGCAAAAGAUGUCAUUCAAACUUUUCAAAUUAUUGAAAGGUUUGGAAUGAUUCAUGCUGUAUUUACAAAUCUCUUGCUAUGGGUGAAUGGUAUUGUUGCAGAAUCUAAACAUCAGUUGAAUGAUCACAAAAAGCGAUUAGCAACAUUUGGAUUUGUCAACAUAUCUGUGGAAAAGACUGCACCAGAGUGCAACUGUACCACCAAUGCAUGUGCAGUUUUCUACAAAGGGUUCUAUUAUAUGUAUCCCUUCAGCAUUGAAUAUCACGUUUUUGCAUCUGCCAUGCUUUAUGUCAUGUGGAAGAACGUGGGGCGGAAGAUUGAAGAGCACAAGCGCCGCAAACUUACUUUUAAGAGACAGUACAAAAUAUUACCAGGACCAGCGCUGGGAGCCGUUGUGUUAGCGGCGACCAUAGGCAUUCUAAUAGUGUACAACAUACAGGUGGGCCAUUCCGAAGCUGAGCGCAGGUCUGCCGUGACUAUGUUUUAUUCCUACAGCAUUUUUGUGUUGAGUUUGAUGUCCGUAGCGACUGCGAGUGGCCUGGUGAUUUAUCGGCUGGAGAAGCGGCCGGUGGAUACUUCCACCAACCCCACGAGGAAGCUGGACGGCUCUCUGCUGGUCGGCACAGCCUGCGCCUCCUGGCUCCUGUCCUGGUGCUCCGUGCUGGCGGGGAUCGCUGCAGAAACCCGCCAGCACCACGCCUGGCUCAACCUGCCCUAUUCUUUGUUGACCAUCAUUGAGAAGUACCUGCAAAACAUGUUCAUCAUCGAGUCCCUCCACCGAGAGAGCGACAAGUGCGAGGAGCGAGUGCAGAAAUCCCAGAGGAUAUUUGCUGUGUCGGCUCCGGAAAGUGGCGAGGAGCGGGCUGGGGGCGAGAACGGUGGCAAGGACAUGGGCAAUACGAGCAGGGGCGUGUGGCGACCCAGCCACUCUCUGCCGCUGCGGGACGGCGAGGCGGGGGGCACCAAAAGCCUGAUGCUUAAGAACAUCGCCGCCUUCCUCUUCCUCUGUAAUAUCUCGUUCUGGAUACUUCCAGCCUUUGGAACUCGCCCCCAGUUUGACAAUGGUCUCGAAGAAAAUGUUUAUGGAUUUGAAACAUGGAUUCUAAUCGUAAACCUUGCAAUGCCUUUUGCUAUUUUCUAUCGCAUGCAUGCAUCUGCUUCACUUUUUGAGGUGUUCUGUUUAACAUAGUCAACAAAUGUAAUUGGUGUGCAGGGAAUGGAAAUAUGUAUGAAUAGCUGCAUAGGAAAACUAAGCUACAUUAGCGCACUUGAUUUUCUUGUACCUAAAUGUGGAAUCAGCACUGGCUAAAAGUUCAGAAUUUUAAUUUUGUAUUAAUAGAUUUAAGGUGUUUUUGAAAUAUUUUGUAUUAAAUUAUCUUUGUUAUAAUAUAUCAAAUUUUCAAAGUUCAAUAGGUUGCCAAUAAAGAUUUGAAUGCGAAGCUUGUAAUACUGUGACUCUGAGAAAUAAAAUUGUGCAUUCUAUCCAAAUUUGUAACACUAUAUGUGAUUUUUAAGUAUGUUGCACAACUUUGCCCCAGUUAAUGCUACCAUUACACAAUAAUAAUCCUUAUCACAUGUUUAAUUUGAUUUUUAUGUAAACUACCAUCCUAGUUCACCGUGGAAAUAUAAAUUGACUUGAGUUGCAUGUCACAAGUUGGCACAUUUUAAGGGACAUUGUAAAACAUUUUAUAAAAUGGAGCUUCAUGGCAAUUGUUCAUAUUCACAGGUAUUGCAUUAUUAGAAUUAUUAGCAUACAUUAAUGCUUAUUUGUACAUGUACUGGGAAUAUUUACUGUUUUAAGUUAUUUUAGUGUUUAAGUUGUAUUUGUGAAAGAUUUGCAUCAAUGAAAAAUAUUGUAGCGUUAAUAAAUUCUAUUGUGACUAUUUUUUGAUUUCCAUGCAUAAGUGAUUAAGGUGCCGAAAUUGCAUCUUAAAUGGGGAAAGUUGCACUUAUUACAGAAACACAUGCAGAAACAGUAGUUCCAGACAUCUGUGAACUGUUUAGUUGUAUUAU